UCCUUUUAGGGUUUCAGAUGAACGCUUCUCUCUCUCUCUGUCACAUACCUUGAAUUCUUCCUCAAUCCUUCCAGAUCUGAGAAAACCAAUAAAAAAGAUUGGAUUGAGACCAUUUAUAGCUACGAACCCUCGAAUUCUUUUCUGGGUUUUCGAUUUUCUUGAGCUCAAACGGUGUGGAAAAAAAAUGGUGAGAGGAAAAACUCAGAUGAAGAGGAUAGAAAAUGCUGCGAGUAGGCAGGUGACUUUUUCUAAAAGGAGGAGUGGGCUUCUCAAGAAGGCCUUUGAGCUUUCAGUUCUCUGUGAUGCUGAAGUUACACUCAUCAUUUUCUCCCAAAAUGGAAAGCUCUCUGAGUUCUCAAGCUCCAAGUAUGACUCUAUAAUCGGAUUAAAGGUUUUAAAAAUACAAACUAAAAUCAAAAGAUCAAGACUAUUGAUCUUAAGAGUGACGAGGAAGCGACGAAAUGAGGAGACGAUGAAAAGAGGAGGGAUAAGGUUUUUGCUGGCUAUAGGGGAUUCACAGCUUACAAAAGAAGAGGUUGCUACAUUAAGUAAGAACAUCAAUCUUCUUGAAGACAAUAAAAGAAAGCUUUUAGGUGAAGGUUUAGAUUCAUGCUCUAUUGAUGAGCUACAAGUAAUGGAAAAGCAGUUGGAAGGAGGCUUAAGCUGCAUUAGGGCAAGAAAGGAUUUAUUAUUCAAGGAGCACAUAAAUCAGCUUAAAGCAAAGGAAAAAGUUCUAUGCAAACAAAACGCUGAGUUGCGAAAAUUGUGUGAGAAGAGCCAAGUGCCUAUUUCUCUAAUAAAAUUAGGUGAGCCUCAGAAGCAAAUAAUGGAAGUAGAGACAGAACUGUACAUUGGCCUGCCGUCUCAGUAGUACAACCGAGUUGAGCAUCAUCCUACACAACUAAUCAUUAUAGUCUCUUGUUAAUGUUUAUUUUUUAGAACGAGUAAUGCUAUAUACCCUUUAUCUCUCCUAUGGUCUUCCCCUGCUGAUGUGACAUCUGAUAGGAUUUCUUAAUAUCUAAUUAUGAACUAAAUUUUGUUUUUUAAAUUAAUUAUAGAGUCGUUCAAAUGAACACUCAAUAAAUAGAAGUCACAUCAGGAGGGGAAAUAUGAAAGGAAUAAAUUUAGAGGGGUAGAAAGCAUUUUUAUUGUUUAAAAAAAUAUAUUCAUAAAGUGUGUAUCGAUGAUGUGCUACAUCUUUUA